UCCCUCUCUCUCCCCUCAAUUUCAGGAUACGGCGAGACAGUCGAGGGUCAAGAGUGCCACUUCCCCUUCCUGCACGAGGGUCACUGGCACUACAGCUGCACGAUGGAGGGAUCGUCUCUCCCUUGGUGCGCCACAGCCGUCAACGAGCAGAGCUUGGUGAUUCAGUGGGCUGUGUGUGUCGCGUCUGUAGGUAAGAUAAAAGUCGUAAGAACAACGUGUGGAAAGACGUGCAAAUUCCCUUUCCAACAUGAGGACGAAGAGCAUGACAACUGUAUUAUUACUCAAGACAGCUGUCAUCCCACCUGCCCGACGGAAGUGGACGCUGGUGGCAAUCCUACUGAGUGGGACGUUUGUAAUGCUGAUCAGGGACUGCAAGAGAUAGUCCUUACAGUGAGUGGCAAGAGCUGCGUGUUCCCUUUCCUGUACAAGAAGAAAUGGCUCUCAAAGUGCGUCGACGGAUUACAAGGACCGUGGUGUCCAACUUCGCUCACGGAACAGGGAGAGCCACUGGAUAAUGAUACUUGUUGGUUGGAUAAAGGAUACCAGAGGGUUGAAGUGACCGAGGAAGGGCGGCCAUGUGUCUUCCCCUUCACCUACAAGGGGAAGAGACACUAUACCUGCAUGGGGUCAGGAGAUACGUGGUGCGCGACGAGGGUGGGAGAAGACUUAGAACCUCAGGCGUGGGGUAUGUGCGCGGCGCAGGGAGAGUGCACAGAUAAAGUCUGUCUUGAACAUGAGCGCCAUCAUACUUCAGUGUCCAAAGAAAUCAUUCAUUAAUGAGGGAGAUGAUGCCAACGGCUGCUUAAUGACCCAAGCAAUAAUUAAUGAGUCUAGAUAACCUCUGUUUUUGCAGAUAAUCAGAAUAUUCUGUGUAGUUUUCGUAAUACCUUCUGAAACUGAGAUUUUCAAGGGAUGCCGUGAGAUU